CACACGCGCAAGCGAAAUGUGAUCCGUCUGGCUGCAUCGCAACGCUAGCACCGUUUCGUGCUGGUUUCGAAUGCACAGAAACAUACCAAAUGCACGCAAGGUUGGCCCAAUGUGCUGUUCUUCCGUCAAAUCAUAUCAUGCGAGAUCUCUUCGAUCCAUAUUGAUUGCACACCGCCAAAGGGGUCCUUCCUUAUCGUUUCCCGCAGACGAGCUAUAUAAACUCCCCUCCACGAUGCUCCGAGCCUUUUCCGCCGAGUUGUUUUUCUCUACUUCAGCCGACUUCUCUGCGACAUGUCGGAGCACUACACGAAAGAGACGUUCGCAGAGACAGAUGUUAAGGCCACCGACUAUUCUGACUCAGAGGCCAACCACCCGAGUCCUCGGAUUCGGCAUCAUGGCCUCCAACGACAGAUGAAGAAUAGGCAUAUUGCCAUGAUCAGCAUCGGCGGUGUUAUCGGUACUGGCCUCUUCCUUGGCACGGCCACUUCCCUCAAGAAUGGUGGACCAGUGGGUCUGCUCUUGGGCUACCUCACCAUCGGCUCUCUCUGCUUCUGCACUAUGCUCUCCCUCGGUGAGAUGGCUGCUUUUUUACCCGUUCCCGGCGGCCACAUCACCUUUGCCGAACGUUUCGUCGACCCGGCGUGGUCGUUCGCGCUCGGAUGGCAAUAUUGGUACAAUUGGACCAUCGUUCUUCCUGCUGAACUGAGCGCCGCGGCGGUGCUUAUCAAUUACUGGAAUCAGAGCGUUAAUAACGCGGUAUGGAUUACGAUGUGCCUCAUCGUCGUCAUCCUUAUCAACAUGUUCGGCGCCGGCGUCUACGGCGAAGCCGAGUUCGUCUUUGCCUCCAUCAAAGUCAUCACCAUCACGGGCCUUAUCAUACUCGGGAUAGUGCUCGACCUCGGCGGCGGCCCGAACCACGACCGCAUCGGCUUCCGCUACUGGAAGCACCCCGGUCCAUUCGCGCAGUACGAUGACAUUCCCGGCUCCAAAGGCCGCUUCCUGGCAUGGUGGGCGGUUAUGACGCAGGCCGCGUUCUCCUUCAUCGGCACGGAGGUUGUCGCGAUUGCAGGUGCAGAGGCGAAGAACCCGCGGCGCAAUAUUCCCAUGGCGAUCCGCAACGUCUACAUUCGCAUCCUGCUCUUCUACAUUGGCGGCGUGACGAUCAUCGGCCUGCUCGUGCCGUACACGAAUCCCGACCUGAACCUCGCGAAUGGCACCGCCGCGGCGUCGCCGUUCGUGAUUGCGAUCAGAACGGCUGGGAUCAAGGGCCUGCCUUCGGUCAUCAAUGCAUGCUUGCUGACUUCAGCAUGGUCCGCGGGGAAUAGCGAUCUUUACUCGAGCUCGCGUGCGCUUUACAGCUUGGCAAUCAAUGGAAACGCGCCACGGGUCUUCGCCAAGACGAAUCGGUGGGGCAUUCCGUGGGUCGCGCUCAUUGUGAAUUCCAUCCUUGGCUGCCUCGCAUACAUGGACGUCGGCGCGACGAGCGGAAAAGUCUUUGGCUGGCUCUCGAACAUGACGGCCAUUGCAGGCCUGAGCAACUGGUUCGCGAUCUCGGUUACCUAUGUGCGCUUCCGGAAAGGCCUAGCAGCACAAGGAAUCGACCGCAAGACGCUCCCCUUCGCGAGUGCACUCCAGCCAUACGCGGCAUGGUGGGCAAUCUUCCUCUCCGUCACCGUCUGCUUCUUCAGCGGAUGGUCAGUGUUCCUGAAGGGCGAGUGGAAUACCGCGACGUUCGUGACGAACUAUCUGCCGAUGAUGCUGUUCCCGGUGAUGUAUCUCGGGAAGCGCCUCUGGUCUGGCGUUAGGUUCGUACGGCCGGAGGACAUGGACUUCAAGACGGGCCUUGCAGAGGUUCUCGAGGCGUCGUACGACGAAGAGCCGCCCAGGAAUUGGGUCGAGCAUGUGUGGGCAUUCUUGUUCUGAUAUACGUAGACACAACACAUGCGUCGCUUGAUGACGAUAGCAGAUACAUAUCGCGUGAAGGUUGCCACCAUAUGUACUUUUAGAUUGUGGAAUGGAGCUGGGCCAUCUAGCAGUACUAUCAAUACGUACUCCAUAUGCACUACCAGUAAUGUACGAUACUCGGAUCUUUUGUUAUUUACCUUCGCUCAAACGGCGAGCUGUACAUAGCCAUUAGGCUCGGAGCGCUAUAUCCAAC